AUGCCAAAUGCGCGUCCACUUCUUCGCGGGGAGAUCACAUACUCAAGUGCCAAAACAGAAGAGGUGAACGUUCUCCACCGAUUGCGGUACCAUGAUCAAAGAGAUGAAUUCUUUGCACACAUUCUCGAGAAACGUUACUGGGUCGAAGCGAUAGUUGCUCAUCACCUGAACCUGGUCAUGGCGAUGUUCAAGCGCCUGGUUGCGGAGAGGCUCUCUGAAUUUGGAGUCAAUAAAUCACCAAAUGCACCCGCGCUGCUUUUCAAAGUCUGCAGCUCGCAUGCAUUCUACCCCUUUCCAGCAUCAGACAGCGGCUCAGAACAGGCCGGGAUCAAUGAGGAUGGUUUUGUGCGCGCAGGCCCACAUGGUGGUUGGUAUAUUGACAUCCGCGGUAAAGACGCCAGUGACUUCCGCAGACGGUUGUUCCGGAGCCUUGCUCUUCCUGCCAGCUCUGGCACCAGCACCAGCUAUGACACAAAAAUAAUGGUCCCUCGGUUCAUAUGGCUUGAAUCCAAAAAAGAAGAAACUGAUUCUGGGCCUAAACCUGACCAGCAGGUCGUUAUUACAGAGGAUGAGAGCGAGCUAUCAAUUGACAUUAUAGACGUCCUUUCAGAGUGUCCCCCCGAAGCUGAUACGCUGAGCGCAAAUCCGUUUCGCGAAAGCUACCGUAUCGUCCUACCAUCACUGCCAAAAUGGACUGGUGACUUAUCUAUGCUUUUCAUCCCUAGGAUAGAACUUGUGGCUUUGUUAAAGCUGGUCCACCAAGUACAGGGGGAAAACUCAGUAGAUUCAGCAGCGGCGAUCAGAGGGCUAGGUAAUGAGGAGAAAAUCAGCUGGAAGAGGUUCGACUCUGCAAUGUCGGAACAAUCCGAAUGUAUUGCAGAUGGUCUUUCGAAGAUCUUUAGCGCCUUCUCAACCGCCUAA